AUGACCACCCACACGAUCAAUAGUAUCGAAGAAAGACUCAAAGUGGCAAGAAAGAAAGUUGCGAAUUUGGAAGACUUACUGCACAGGCUAAAAUUAGAGGAAGCACAACGACAGAAGCCAUGUGGCAACCAUGACAAUCCCGAUGAUAAUUUGCGGUGUGGAACGUCUUCCUUCCUACAAGGAGCAACGCUUCAAUUGGUUGUUGAGUGGCUUUAUCCAAUCGAUCUCAUACAUUGUCUACGGGUAUCUCGGAGAUGGAAGGACGAAAUUGAUCGUCCUUUGAUAUGGAAACAAGCUGGAAGCCGUAUUAUUCCAGAUUUGUGGAAGGCAAUGGACUUGUCGGAAUCAUCCUCAUUGUCUCCGGCAUUAUACAAGAAGAUCCUCAUGGCAAUUGUCGAGAGACCUCGUCGACAGAUGGAUGUAAUUGCCCAAAGACUAGCUACUUCCAAACAAGUUGGAAACGACAAGGACUAUUGGUUGCCUUCUACUACGCUUGUACCUGAGAAGGUCUUUUUGAUUGUGGACGUUCAUUGGAAAGCAACUGGAAAAGUCUUUGGAAGCUGGCACAAAAGCUUUGCUCACUGGUUUCCAAGUGAAUCAGAGCUUGGAUUCCAAAUGAUUGAUGGUCGCAACCAAAGUGAUGGAGUGGUUCCCCUUCCAGUACCACCUCUUCGAGGAAAGCCCGACGACCACUUUGCCGAAUUCUACGACCCAGACCCCCUGACAGAUGUUCCUACCUACAUCUAUGACAGCAUUUCCUUUUCCUUUCGGUGCGUCCGCACGGAUACUGGCGAGUGCUUGCAUUUGGGAAACAAUCAAGACUUUGAUCAAUACGAUAGCCUACAUUGGGCAUUCCUUGAUACGUCCAUUGGUGGACCUACGGCUCAUAACGAUGCGGGCUGUCGCGCUAGAGAACUGUGGUCUCUGAAACAAUUCCACCGAGGAGGGGUUUGCUUGCGCUUCAAUGUACGUCCAGUUCCAGCUGCGGAGCAGCAAAACGGCAACACACUAGAAUCAUGGCGUGGUAUGACAUAUUUGUUAGAUGGACUGGAGUGUGAUUUUGUGGCUUAUCACAAGGAUGCCUCCUACGAAGAUUUCAAGAGUUUACAAGAGCUCUUGGUGUCAUUGGACGGGUUUCUAUGGAACUAA